UUUUAGAUAUUAAAAAUUAAUUCAAAUAUGGGCAACGAUUCUGUUGAGGAAAAUGCUACGGAAUUUAUUGAAAGAAGUGCUGAUACUAUUGAAAAAGACGCUAAAAAUGUAAAUGCUUCUGGAGGAUCAAAUAUGAUUGGUAAAGCUGGUGGUGCUUACAUUCCGCCAGCAAGGCUUCGUAUGAUGCAACAACAUCUGGGGGCAGAUAAAAGUUCAGAAGCUUAUCAAAGAGCAAAUUGGGAACGUUUGAAACGCAAAAUUCAUGGUCAGAUUAACCGUUUAAAUGUCUCUAAUAUUGUUGAUGUUGCUAGAACACUACUGCGUGAGAAUUUAAUACGUGGAAGAGGAUUAUUUGCUCGUUCUAUAAUACAAGCCCAAGCAUUUUCUCCUUCGUUUUCACAUGUAUUUGCAGCACUUGUAGCUAUUAUAAAUUCUAAAUUUCCUAAUAUCGGAGAAUUAGUUUUGCGUCGUCUUAUAAUUCAAUUUAAACGCUCAUUUCGUCGUAAUGAUAAACAAACUUGUGUAACAGCUUGUAAAUUUAUUGCACAUUUGGCAAAUCAAAGAGUGGCACAUGAAAUUUUAGUUUUGGAAAUGUUAGUUCUUUUGAUGCAAAGACCUACAGAUGAUUCAAUCGAAGUGACUGUGACGUUAUUGAAAGAAUGUGGUGCAAUGCUUCUUAAAGUAACGCCAAAAGGUUCAAUUGCUGUUUUUGAACGUCUUCGUUCUGUACUCAAUGAUUGCGAUUCUAUUCAAGAACGGACACAAUAUAUGAUAGAGACGAUGCUGCACAUUCGCAAAACAAAAUUUGAGAAUUACCCAAUAAUGUUAGAAGAAUUAGAUUUGAUUGAUGAAGAUGACCAGAUUGCACAUUUGGUCCAGUUAAACCCUGAAGACGGAAAAUCUUAUGAUCCAGAAUUGACAUUAAAAUAUGAUGAUAUUCGCAAAGAGAUAAUUGGAGAUGCAGAUGAUGAAGGGGGCGAUGGAGGUGAUAAUGAUGAAGAAGCUGAUGAUGAGAAUGAAGAGGAAAAGCGUGCUGCUGAAAGUUUGUUGUUUUUAAUGAUUAGAGUUUUUGUAAUUAAAUUUCAAGCAACUGCUGGCGUUGUUAUUUUGGAUAUGACAGAGCAAGAUAUUGUAGCAUUCCGUCGAAAUGUUUAUUUAACAAUUCAGUCAUCACUUGAUUUUCAGGAAGCUGCACAUAAGCUUAUAAAAUAUGAAUUGAAGCCACAAUUAGAGAAUGAACUUUGUCAUAUGAUAGUUGAUUGCUGUGCCCAACAACGGACAUACCAAUCUUUUUAUGGAUUACUAGCUGAACGUUUUUGCCGUCUGCGAAAAGAAUUUCAGCUUCAAAAUAUGGCUAAAUUUGUUGCUCAUCUACUUAUUACAGAUGCUAUAAGUUGGGAAGUUUUUUCAGAAAUCAAAUUAACAGAACAAGAUACGACAUCUGCCGGGAGAAUUUAUAUAAAAAUUCUUUUUCUUGAAUUGGUAGAAAAAAUGUCCUUGGUUACUACAUACAAGCGUUGUAAUGAUCCUACGCUGCAAACUGCAAUGGAAGGCCUCUUUCCACGUGACAAUCCUCAAAAUACUCGAUUUGCGAUCAACUAUUUUUCGUUAAUUGGACUUGGAGCACUCACUGUAGACUUGCGUGAACAUUUACAAAAACGAUUAGAUAAAGAACGUAAGAAGAUGGUUAAGAAAGAGGAGGAAAUAUCUUCUUCAUCUUCUAGUUCUUCAUCAUCAUCUUCCUCUUCUUCGGAAUCUACAGAUGAAGAAGAAAAAAGACGACAAAGAAGAAAGAGAAAAUUAAAGAAAAGGACAGCAAAAGAUGAAAAUUCAGAUGCUAAAAAGAGAAAAAAGAAGAGUGCUGAGAAAAAUAAUGAAGAAAAAAGGACGAAAAAAGAGCGAAAAUGA